AUGAGCUCCCUUAAAUUUGUGGUGUCCUCACUGGACAUCAUUGCCGCACAUGCCGGCCGGAACAAACAGCUGGCCGAGCUGGCCGAGAAGGCCCUCUCCGCGAUCAAGGAGAACGACCAGCAGCUCCCCGAUCCCGAGAUCCUAUUCGCGCCGCUCCAGCUGGCCACUAAAGCCGGCACUAUUCCGCUGACUACAACCGCACUCGACUGUAUUGGCAAGCUCAUAUCAUACUCCUACUUCUCUGCCCCAGCGUCCUCUGCUCUGAGUCAAGACGGCGCCGAACAAACCCCUCUCAUUGAGCGCGCCAUUGACACCAUCUGCGACUGCUUUCAGGGCGAGACAACCCUGGUGGAGAUCCAGCUGCAGAUCGUCAAGUCGCUCCUUGCAGCAGUGCUCAAUGACAAGAUCAUUGUGCACGGCGCCGGCCUUUUGAAGGCAGUUCGCCAAGUUUACAAUAUCUUUCUGCUGUCUCGGAACACUGCAAACCAGCAAGUGGCACAAGGGACACUUACCCAGAUGGUGGGCACCGUAUUCGAGCGGGUCAAGACACGCUUGCACAUGAAGGAGGCUCGUGCUUCAUUAGGAAGACUGAAGCAGAGCCGCAGCAGUCUGGCGGUUGAUCGCACCGAAGACCAGGAUUCACAAGCCGAGAAGCUGGACAGUGAAGAGGGAACCGAGGGCACAGGACAAGCUGCCCAGACUGACGGUGCCGAAGAUGAAGGCGGGAAACUGACACUCAAAGAUCUUGAACACCGCAAGAGCUUCGACGACUCGCACAUGGGCGAUGGGCCCACCAUGGUUUCACAAGUCAAGCCCAUUAGGCCAUCCGGGCGAUCUGUCUCUGAGCAGAGCCUCAGUGAAAGUUCUCCGGAAGAGUCGUCAGAAGCUUUGGAUGCCGAAGACGAGGCCUACAUCCGGGAUGCUUACCUGGUGUUCCGUUCUUUCUGCAACCUCUCUACAAAGGUUCUGACACCGGAUCAACUCUAUGACCUUCGUGGCCAGGCCAUGCGCUCCAAGCUUAUCUCACUCCAUAUCAUACACACCCUGCUUAACAACCACAUCAUUGUUUUCACGUCGCCCCUCUGCACGAUCAGGAAUACCAAAAAUGGACAGUCCACACACUUUUUGCAGGCCAUCAAGUAUUAUCUCUGCCUCAGCAUCAUUCGCAACGGUGCCAGCUCGGUAGACCGGGUGUUCGAAAUUUGCUGCGAAAUUUUCUGGCUGAUGCUGAAGUACAUGAGAGCGCCAUUCAAGAAUGAAAUUGCCGUAUUCCUCAAUGAAAUCUACUUGGCCCUCCUAGCCCGGAAGAACGCACCCUUGUCCCAAAAGCUCACUUUCGUGGGCAUUCUCAAAAGGUUAUGCGAAGAUCCGCGGGCUUUGGUCGAGUUAUACCUUAAUUAUGACUGUGACAGGAACGUGGACAAUAUUUUCCAGACGAUUGUCGAGGAUCUAUCUCGUUUUGCGACAGCUACCAUCCCUGUCACUCCAGCCCAAGAGUUGCAAUAUCAGGAGCACCACCCGAAAGCAAUUGCAGCCGGCGAGUGGCAGAUCAAGACGGUUCUUCCGCCGCCGCUUUCGGUUGCUCUAAUUGCCACUCAUCACGAUGCGGAUGGAGAAAUCCCCAAGGAGUACAUUAUGAAGCGUGUGGCCCUUGAUGCUCUUGUGGAUACGUUGCGGUCUCUCCUUCAUUGGUCGCAGCCUGGGAGGCCAGAAGCCAACGGAGCCAUCGUUAAUUCUGAUCGGAGAGCCUCGAGUGAUGAUGCUAGAUACUCGAUUGACCCCUCUCUUAGCGAGGCUGCCUCGCGCAUGGAAACGCCACUUGCACCGUCAACCCCGGUCAUUGACGAUGACCCCGAUCAACUUGAGAAAGAGAAAGCAAGGAAAACGGCUUUGGCUAAUGCGAUUAAAGCCUUCAACUUCAAGCCUAAGCAUGGUAUUAAGCAGUUGAUCAAGGAAGGGUUUAUCCCUAGUGACAAGCCUGAGGACAUCGCUCGCUUCCUUUUGCACGAAGAACGAUUGGACAAGGCUCAGAUUGGCGAGUACUUGGGUGAAGGCGACCAGAAAAAUGUCGAGAUCAUGCAUGCCUUUGUGGACAUGAUGGACUUCAGCAAGAAGCGUUUUGUCGAUGCUCUGCGUGAGUUCCUGCAGGCAUUCCGUCUACCGGGCGAGGCACAAAAAAUCGAUCGCUUCAUGCUCAAGUUCGCCAAUCGCUAUAUUACCAACAAUCCAAAUGCAUUUGCUAAUGCAGAUACGCCCUAUGUCCUCGCUUAUUCUGUCAUUAUGCUCAAUACCGAUCUGCACAGCCCUCAAGUUCAGAAACGGAUGACGAAAGAGGACUUCAUCAAAAAUAACCGGGGCAUUAACGACAAUGCUGAUCUGCCCGAUGAGUACUUGAUCAGUAUAUAUGAAGACAUCCAAAACAACGAGAUUGUUCUCAAGAGCGAACGACAAGCGGCAGCAGCUGCUGGCACUCUCCCCCAGACUACAGGCCUUGCUGCUGGGCUUGGCCAGGCCUUGUCCAAUGUCGGGCGUGAUCUGCAAAGAGAAGCAUACGUUCAACAGUCCGAAGAGAUUUCCAUGCGUUCCGAACAGCUCUUCAGGGACCUGUAUCGCAGCCAGAGGAAGAGCGCUGCAAAAGGAAUUGUCAAGUUCAUCCCAGCAACCUCGUUCAAGCAUGUUGGCUCUAUGUUCGAUGUUACUUGGAUGUCUUUCUUUUCGACUCUGUCUAGCCUGACACAGAAUACGCAUAAUCUUGAGAUCAACAAGCUUUGUUUUGAAGGCAUGAAGCUGGGCACUAAGAUUGCCUGCCUCUUUGACCUUUCCACUCCUCGAGAGGCCUUCAUCUCUGCCCUCAAGAACACCGCCAACCUCAACAACCCGAGAGAAAUGCAAGCGAAGAAUGUUGAGGCUCUGAAGGUAAUACUUGAUCUGGCUCAAACUGAAGGCAACUACCUAAAGGAGUCCUGGAAGGACGUUCUCCUGUGCAUCAGCCAACUUGAUCGUCUCCAGCUAAUUUCCGGUGGUGUGGACGAAAGCGUUGUUCCUGAUGUCUCCAAGGCUCGAUUCAUGCCUCCGCCCCAACGGACAGAGACAACUGAUCGUCGAAAGUCGACGUCUUCUGUUCGCAAGGGCCGUCCACGUGCCCAUACUGGCCCGCAAGGUGUCUCACUGGAGAUCGCCCUUGAGAGUCGCUCGGACGAAGUUAUCAAGAGCGUCGAUCGGAUCUUUACCAACACAGCCAAUCUGUCGAGAGAAGCCAUCAUUCACUUUGCCCGGGCUUUGACUGAAGUCAGCUGGGAUGAGAUCAAAGUCUCGGGAUCGAAUGAUUCGCCUCGUACCUACAGCCUGCAGAAGAUCGUCGAGAUCAGCUACUACAAUAUGUCUCGUGUUCGUUUCGAGUGGAGUCACAUUUGGGAUGUCCUUGGUGAGCACUUCAAUCGCGUAGGCUGCCACGCCAACACAGCCAUCGUCUUCUUCGCUCUCGACUCACUACGCCAGCUCUCCAUGAGAUUCCUGGAGAUUGAAGAGCUGGCAGGCUUCAAGUUCCAAAAGGAUUUUUUAAAGCCAUUCGAGCAUGUCAUGUCUAACUCGACUAAUGUUGCGGUCAAGGAUAUGAUUCUUCGCUGCCUUAUUCAAAUGAUCCAGGCCCGAGGCGAGAACAUCCGCUCAGGCUGGAGGACCAUCUUUGGCGUCUUCACCGUGGCUGCCCGGGAGCCAUAUGAGAGCAUCGUCAACUUGGCCUACGAGAACGUGCUCCAGGUUUAUCGGAGUAGGUUUGGUGUUGUUAUCUCGCAAGGCGCCUUCACCGAUUUGAUUGUCUGCCUUACUGAAUUCUCCAAGAACAUGCGUUUCCAGAAGAAGAGCCUGCAGGCUAUGGAGACUCUUAAAUCCAUCAUUCCGACGAUGCUAAAGACUCCUGAAUGCCCUCUAUCUCAGAAAGCACCGGGUACUUCCAGUCAAGGCGAGACGAACUUGAAGUCCCCUUCACAGCAGUCUCGUACUUCUGUGGAAGAGGGAUUCUGGUUUCCAGUACUCUUCGCCUUCCAUGACGUACUCAUGACUGGCGAAGACCUCGAGGUGCGGUCUAACGCCCUCAACUACUUCUUCGAGACCUUGUUAAGGUAUGGUGGAGACUGGCCGUCAGAAUUUUGGGACAUUCUAUGGAGGCAGCAGCUCUACCCUAUCUUCAUGGUCUUACGGUCCAGGCCGGAAAUGACCAAUGCUAUGAACCACGAGGAGCUUUCGGUCUGGCUCUCCACAACCAUGAUUCAGGCCCUUCGCAACAUGAUUACCCUCUUCACACAUUAUUUUGAUGCCUUAGAAUACAUGCUUGAUCGGUUUCUCGAACUUCUCGCUCUUUGUAUCUUGCAGGAGAAUGACACCAUUGCAAGGAUAGGUAGCAAUUGCUUGCAACAGCUUAUCCUGCAAAAUGUCUACAAAUUCACACCGGAACAUUGGUCAAAAAUUGUCGGCGCUUUCUGCGAGUUGUUCGAGAGGACAACGGCAUACCAGCUCUUCACGGCCACAACUAUCAACUCCACGGCCUCUCUUGCUCCUCCGUCCAGUGGUCUCGAGCUCGGUGGUCCUCUUAGCCCGACCACAGAGGCCACUUUGCCCGUUGAUCAGAAGUCACUGAAGAUCAAUGGAGCCGAAUUAGGGGACUCUGCGUCACCCGAAAGCAAUGCUGCUGACAGUGAAGCUAGCCAAAACAGUCAAAGCAUAUCUGCGACAACUCCUUCGUCCUCCACAUCACAAAGCCAGUAUACCCCACAACCCCAGCUGGAAGAGUUCAAACCAAACAACCCAUUGCAGCAGCAGCCUGUUGUCGUCACUGCUGCUCGUCGUCGGUUCUUCAACCGCAUCAUCAGCCGCUGUGUCUUGCAGCUACUCAUGAUCGAAACGGUCAACGAGCUCUUCAGCAACGACUCCGUCUACACCCAAAUCCCUUCCUCCGAACUCCUCCGCCUCAUGGCCCUGCUCAAGAAGUCUUUCCUCUUUGCCAAACGCUUCAACGCCGAUAAGGACCUGCGCAUGCGUCUCUGGCGCGAAGGGUUCAUGAAGCAGCCGCCCAACCUGCUCAAGCAGGAGUCAGGCAGCGCAGCCACCUACGUCUCCAUCCUGUUUCGAAUGUUCGCCGACACCUCUCCCGAGCGGCAGGAGAGCAAGGCUGAUGUGGAGGCUGCGCUGGUUCCGCUGUGCCAGGACAUCAUCCGGGGUUAUCUUGCGCUCGACGAGGAAAGCCAGCACAGGAACAUUAUGGCCUGGCGCCCCGUCGUCGUGGAUGUGCUCGAGGGGUAUGCCGCGUUCCCACGCGAGGCGUUCUCUUCCCAUAUUAAUAACUUCUACCCGCUCUGUGUGGAGUUGUUGAAUAAGGACCUGGGGUUGGAGCUGCGCACGGCGUUAUUGCUUGUCCUCAGGCGGGUUGGCGAGGUCGGGCUGGGUAUCGAAAGCAUGGGCGCUGCUACUGCUGAGCAACAGAGGAAGAGGGCCGGGAGCGUGCUCUCUAUCCAUCAUGGGCCACGGCCGUCGCCGAGCAUGGAGAGCAUCGGUGAUGACCCGUCAAGUCGGGUUAUGGGUAAGGCUUGA